AUGGAGUCAGAUUGGGAUCUAUAUGCUGUUGUCAGAGGCUGCACCACCGCAACCUCCACCACCACCGCCACCACCGCCGCAAAAACCACCAGUACUACUACUACUAUACCUUCUUCAGCUUAUUUCUCUAUUUACCCUGCUGAACAAUCCGGUCAAGUUUUAUCAAUUUCAAACCCUUAUGAAUCAAGAAGUUCAGUUGGAGAAUUACAUGAACUUUGUAAACCUUUCUUCCUCAAAUCACAGCCUCUCUCUUCAAAUUCAUUCUCUUAUUCAUCACCAUCACCAAAAUCAACUGGUCAAACAAAACAACAGCAGCUUAAUAAGCAGCCUCAACAUACCGGUUCUGCUACAACCCCAAGAUCUAAAAGAAGGAAGAUUCAGCAUAAGAAGGUUUGUGAAGUACAAGCUGAGAAUCUCUCAUCAGACAUAUGGGCAUGGAGGAAAUAUGGUCAGAAACCAAUCAAAGGUUCACCAUAUCCAAGAGGAUAUUAUAGAUGUAGCAGUUCAAAAGGGUGUUUAGCUAGAAAACAAGUUGAGAGGAACAAAACAGACCCAACAAUGUUCAUAGUAACAUACACUGGUGAACAUAGUCAUCCUGCUCCAACUCAUAGGAAUUCCCUUGCUGGUUCGACACGACAAAAGCCUUCGUCACCGCAAGCUGUCACGGCUGAAGACUCUUCGCAACCCUUUACAAAACAAGUUUCUCCGUCAACCUCAGAGGCUGAAGAGGAAGAAGCUACACCUUCGAAGUCGGAAAGCAGAGAGGAUUUGGAAGAUUUGAUGAAUGAUGAUGAGGAAAAUGAAUUUGAGUUAUCUGAUAUGGUUGUAACAGAUGAUUUCUUUGAAGGUUUAGAUGAAUUGACAGGAUUUGCUGGAAAAACAGUAGCUUCAUCUGGUGGUGACUGUUUUGGUGACCCUUUUGCAGCUAAUAUUGCACUUCCUGCUUGUGGUGGUCAAUGA